AUACCUUUCUAGCUCCGAUUCAAAUAAAGCAAAGUGUUUCACAUAUAUUGAACCAAAUCGAUCUGUCAUAGACCAUGUCUGUUCAAGAAAAGGAUGUUAUCCGACCCAUCGCUAAUUUUCCUCCCAGCGUAUGGGGAGAUCAGUUUCUUGCGUACGAGCAGCAAGAAGAUGAAGAUGGGGUAGAAGAGGUGGUUAACGACCUGAUAGAAGAAGUUAGGAAAGAUAUAUUGGCAGGUUUGAAUGAUCUCAAGGAACAUUUAAAUUUGUUAAAACUGGUUGAUGCAAUCCAACGCCUUGGCAUCGCAUAUUAUUUUGAAGAAGAGAUUAAUGAAGCCUUGCAACACAUCUACGAUGCAUAUGGUGACAACUGGAAUGGUGCAGGCUCUUCACUUUGGUUUCGACUCAUGCGGCAACAAGGCUUCUUUGUGGCAAGUGAUAUUUUCAAUAUGUACAAAGACAAAGACGGAGCUUUUAAUGAGUCACUAAAAAAUGAUGUUCAAGGUUUACUUGAGUUGUAUGAAGCUACGUAUUUGAGUAUACCAGGUGAGGCUAUUCUAGAUGAGGCUCUUGAUUUUACAAGAAAUCGUCUUGAUGACAUGGCAAACGAUCCUCUUUGGAGUCAUGACUCUAUUCUCUCCGGUGAAAUAAAGGAAGCAUUAAAGCAGCCUUUACGUAAAAGGUUGCCAAGACUUGAGGCAUUGCGCUACAUACCAUUCUACCAACGACAAACUUCUCAUAAUAAUUCGUUGCUAAAACUUGCCAAGUUAGGAUUCAACAUACUCCAAUCGUUGCACAAGAAAGAGCUAAACCAAAUAUCAAAGUGGUGGAAAGGCUAUGAUGUUCCAAAAAAUAUCCCUUAUGCGAGAAAUAGACUGGUUGAAUGCUACUUUUGGUCUUUAGCAGUGUUCUUUGAGCCUCAAUAUUCUCAAUCUAGAAUGUUCUUUGCUAAAGUUUUUGCAUCGGCAACACUUUUGGAUGAUACUUACGAUGCUUACGGUACUUAUGAAGAACUUCUUAUCUUUACUGAGAAACUCCAAAGGUGGUCAAUUACAUGUUUGGAUGAGCUUCUAGAAAACAUGAAACUUAUAUACCGAAUGUUCUUGAAUUUUUAUGAAGAUAUGGAGAAAAUCUUGGAAGAUAUGGGAAAAGCCCAUCAUAUUAACUACAUUGUAGGGGCGUUGAAAGAAUACAGUAGAAGCUACAUGAAAGAAGCAAAAUGGACUCACGAAGGGUAUAUACCAACCGUCGAAGAACAUAUGGAACUUGCAUAUAUUAGUACCGGAUACAAAUAUACUCUAGUAGCAAGUUUUGCUGCCAUGGGCGAUGUAAUAACAGACGAGACAUUCAAAUGGGCUUUCCCUAAUCCUCCUCUUGUCAAAGCUUGUUGUGUACUUUGUAGGAUCAUGGAUGAUAUUGUCACUCACAAGGAGGAGCAAGAGAGAAAGCAUGUUGCAUCUGGUAUUGAAUGUUACAUGAACCAAUUUGAUGUCACUGAACAACAUGUGUAUAAUUUGUUUAAUGAAAGAGUUGAAGAUGCCUGGAAAGAAAUGAAUAAAGAGUCUUUUAUCUGUAAAGAUGUUAAAAUGCCCGUAAUUAUGCGGGUGAUCAAUCUAGCACGUGCAAUGGAUGUAUUAUAUAAGAAUAAGGACCAUUACACACAUGUUGGAGAAGAACUCAUAAGUCAUAUCAACUCUCUUGUUGUUGAUGCUAUCAUCACAUGAGUUCGAAUCAAUGUUCCAUAUAAUUGGAAUUUCGCCCAUCAUCUUUAGGAUGGUGGUUUAUAUGGAAACAACAAUAAGACGACAAGUCCUUAAUUUGGUGUCUGAUGGUCUAAAUGUUCACUUUCUACACCUUCAUGUUGAUGUUUAAUACUAUUAUGUGUAACAUUUUACUUUUAGUCUUUUGUUUGUAUUUUCAAUUUGAAGCAAUAAGGUUUGACUUUUACUUUAAAUUAUUGUUUUACUCUUAGUUGCAUCUCAACCUGUAAUACUUGUUUUUGUAAGAUGGGAUUUGAUUUAUGAUUGUG